AUGGCGGACCAAAAAGUCUUAGUACAAACAGCGAAAAUCGAGCAAGGUGAAAAUCCAGAAGAUGUUACACAAUGGACACUUGAGAUCGAAGGAAAGAUUGCGAAGUAUGAGGAAGCUAUGGCGGGGUUACAUGGUGAUGUUGAAAUGUUAAAGGCGAAAGCUAUGGAAGAGGAUGAAUGGAGAGAAGAAAACACACGAAGACAGCGGUUUGAAGAAGAAUUAAAACUCGAGGAAGCAAAAAUGCAAAUGAAACAUGGGUAUGAGAAAAAACUUAUGGACAAAAGUAAAUCAUGCCAAGGAAACAUUAACAAAGUCAAGUUACCCAAGUUAGUUAUAAGCAAGUUUCAAGGCACACCAUUAGAUUGGCAACGAUUUUGGAGUCAAUUCGAAACGGAAAUCGACAAAUCUGAAAUAACACAGGUGGGAAAAUUUUCAUACCUAAAAGAGCUUCUAGUCCUUAAAGUGAGAGCGAGUAUAGAUGGUCUUCCUUUUACAUCCGAAGGCUAUGAGCGAGCUAAAAAUAUACUCAAAACAAAAUAUGGAAAACCAAGCAAAGUGUCGAAUGCUCAUGUACAACAGAUUAUGUCCUUGCAAACAGUGCGGGGUUCUCAGCCUGGUAGGAUACAUGAAUUUUAUGGGACCCUGGUGACAAAUGUUCAGGCAUUGGAAACCCUUGGAAAGAUUAGAGAAAUUAAUGGCUAUGUUCGUGCAACUCUCGAUAAAUUACCUGAUAUUAGAGCUGACCUGGUACGGCUAGACGACGAUUGGCAGGACUGGGGUUUUAGUCAAAUGAUUGAAGCUCUGAGAAAGUGGUGUGAGCGUAACCCGGUUGGUCCAGAAGAUCAAAAAUACAAGUCGAAACUACCCAAAGAUAAAUCAUUUCAAGCAAACCAGGGUGAAUGGAAACCAAGACCAUGUGUUUAUUGUGAGUCUACACAGCACAAAUCAGUUGACUGUAAAACUGUAACUAGCGUAGCUGAGAGGAGAAAGGUGUUAAGCUCGAAAAAGUUAUGCUUCAACUCUACUGGGACAAGACAUCGGGCAUCAGAGUGCCGCAGUAAAACUGUUUGCCAAAAAUGUAGCGAAAGGCAUCACACAUCUAUAUGUAACAAAGGGACGGAGCAGAUGAUGGUAGCUUCAGUCAAAGGUGAAGUAAUUUAUCCAGUAGUUGUGGUUCUUGUCGAUGAAAUUAAGGUCAGAGCAUUGCUUGAUACCGGUUCGGGAAGCUCUUAUGCUUCCGCAGCUCUUAUAGAUCGGCUUUCAAAACGACCAACGCGGACUGACCAUAAACAAAUUGAUAUGAUGAUGUGUUCAACAGUACAGAAGAUCGAAGUGUAUAAUGUGAAUGUUUCUAGCGUCACAGGGAAAUUUGCCAUGGAAGCAGAAGUCAGUAGAGUGGAUAAGGGAGUUCUCUUGGCAGUUCCAAAUCCAAGUUAUGCAGAAAAAAUCAACCAGUAUCCUCAUCUAGAAGGAGUGGUGAUGGAUGAUAACGAUAGCAAACCUGUUUUACCAAUCCAUUUAAUCCUGGGUGCCAGUGAGUACUCUCGCAUAAAGACAGACACGAAGCCCAAGAUUGGAAAUCCUGGUGAGCCGGUUGCAGAAUUGACAGCACUUGGUUGGUCGUUGAUGUCCCCAGGAAAAGAAAUGAAUCUUAGCAAUACCUACCUUACCAGAACAUCGUUUGGAGACUACGAACAGUUGUGUAAUUUGGAUGUUCUGGGUUUGGAAGAUCGAGCACAAGGUGACCAGCAGUUAGUGUAUGAUGAUUUCAAAGAGCAGCUUAGACGAAGCGAGGAGGGGUGGUAUGAGACGGGAUUGAUUUGGAAACAGGGUCAUGGUCCCCUUCCGAGUAAUGAACAUGGCAGUUUAAAACGAUUAGACAAUUUAGUCAAGAAACUGCGAAGAGAUCCCAACCUUAUGAAUGAAUAUGAUGAGAUCAUUCAAAAUCAAAUUGCUGAGGGUGUUGUUGAACGACCUGUCAUAAGGCAGUCAGCAGAAUCCACCAAAACACGUAUCGUGUUUGAUGCGUCAGCUAAAGCCAAUGACAAAUGUCAAUCACUGAACGACUGUUUAGAGACAGGGCCGCCCUUGCAAAAUAUCCUCUGGGAUGUGUUGGUGAGAAAUCGGUUGAAACCUGUUGCAUUAGCCGGUGACCUCAAAAAGGCGUUUCUCCAGAUCAGAAUCCGACCAGAGCAUCGAGAUGUCUUAAGAUUCCACUGGGUCAAGGAGAAAACAUCAGAGAUAGAAGUUCUCAGAUUCACCAGAGCUCUGUUUGGGUUAGUACAGUCACCGUUUCUACUCGGAGCAACGCUGAAACAACAUCUAGAAAGUUUAAAGGAACGAUAUCCAAAUGAAGUCGCAGAAAUUGGAAAAAGUCUAUACGUUGAUGAUGUCAUCACGGGGGGAGACACAAAACACGAAGUGCUUGAUCUCAAGGAGAACACUGUAGCAAUAUUCGAAGAAGCCAAGUUUGAGUUGCACAAGUGGCACUCAAAUGAGUCCGUGUUAGAAGCGAACAGUGAACUUGGUGAUGAGAAGCAGAGUUACGCGAAGGAUCAGCUAGGAGUCAAAGCAGGAGAAACCAAAAUGCUGGGAUUGCCGUGGAAUAAAAACGAUGACACUUUAUCUGUUACUUUUCCACAACCAAUUUUUGAAACGACCAAGAGAGAAAUGUUACGAUUCUUAGCUUCGAUAUAUGACCCACUGGGGUUAGCGACACCCACAACACUUACAGGAAAGCUGAUGUAUCGGCAAGUUUGUGACCAACAUAUACCCUGGGACGCGAAAGUGUCGGAAAGCAUUGCGGAUCAGUGGUGCAAAUUCGAGAACAGCUUACCUGAGAGAGUGGAGGUACCACGAAGUAUCACAACAGUCCAAGAACCGACUAAAGCGAUAGAUCUACAUGUUUUUGGAGACACAAGUGGAGUUGGGACGUCCGCAGCAGUUCAUGCGGUUGUUCAUCAAGAGUCAGGAGUUAGCCUGGGUCUACUCACCGCGAAGUCUCGUUUAGCGAAGAAAGGCUUGUCUAUCCGAGGCUAG